GCGUUCAGUUGUCAAAAACACAAACUCGUGUUUACCAUUCGAUGUCUGUUCCUCCCACAAAAUGUUCAAGAUGCUAUCAGAUUGUGGAAUAUCACUGAAUAAUCGAGAUGGCAAGCAUUCCGAUCGUAGAUUUAACUGCAUUAGUGCGAAAAAACGACAUCAGCAACGCCCACCUGAUCGUGAAACAACUGGAUGAAGCCUUUUCCACUGUCGGUUUCGUUUAUUUAACAAAUCAUGGCAUCGACCAAACUACAAUUGACAAAGUUUUGAAAGCCUCCAAACACUUUUUCCUACUACCAGACGACAUCAAGAAGCAAACACGUCGGGAUUUAUCGAAAAACAAUGACGGUUACGUCGGAAUUAAUCAAGAAAUAUUGGGAACUGAUAUUCAUCAUGAAAUCAAAGAGGCUUACAACUUAACCAGUUCGAAGAGUGUAUUUCCAUCAGAAGACACAAAUCCUGAAUUCCGGUCAUCCGUCACUGAUCUCGCCUUGAAACUGAGUGAACUAACGAGACGCUUACUUGCAUGUAUGGCUCUGGCACUAGGAUUGACAGAGAAUUAUUUCGUCGAUCGCCAUCGCUUCAUGUUUCAAGAUCAAGAUAAGAAUGCCACAACUUUUCGGACUUUGUAUUAUCCAUCGCUUUCCGAAUCGGAUAUCCAGCCCGGCGUUGUAAGAUGCGGAGCUCAUUCUGAUUACGGGACCAUCACACUCCUCCUACAAGACAGUGUUGGCGGAUUAGAGGUACUUUCCGGAAGCAAAUGGAUACCUGCUACUCCGAUCCCGGGGUCAAUCCUUGUAAAUCUUGGAGAUCUGAUGCAAUUCUGGACUUCGGAUCGUUACACUGCAACGGUUCAUCGAGUGUUAGUGCCGGAAGAAGAAUUACGCCGAAAAUCGACUCGCCAAUCGAUCGCCUUCUUUGUUCAUCCGGAUAAUGACGUAAUGGUUUCUCAAUUAAAUGGUUCCAGCGACCAACCUGCAAUUGGAGCCCUGGAUUACCUCAAGUCACGUCUCUCCGCCACCUACAAAUAUUAACAGAUUUUUACUUUAUCUUUCUCUUAAAAUUUUAGUUUUCUACAGCAAAAAAAAAAAAAAAAAUCAUUUCUAACAAGAU